AUGCGGUUAAUAUGGUUAUUCGGCUUCGUAUGUUCGAUACUGGAUAUUGCAUCGGCGGUUGAUUUCGGCAUAAACUAUAAGCUAUUAGAAUGUUUCGACUAUAAACGUAAUUUUUGGCUGGUUGGUUACGCGUUUCACACUUCAUCUGUGGAGUUCAAAGACGAAUGUUUGCGUCUAUGUCUUUCGGCGCUAAUUCGUGGUUCACGUUGUAAAUCUGCAAUGCAUAUUCCUGGCGAUGAUCAAUGCGUGAUUUCGGAUCAGGAUCAAUUAACAAGACCGGAUUUAUUUAUCGAAAAUGAUGCGCACAACACUUUUACCGUGAAUUAUUUUAGGAACACAUGCGUGGAUCCGCCUUUAAAAGAAGGUGGUCGACUUGAAGCUCGUCUAACCGGAUUUCGUGGUGGUGAAGGAAUUUUGGAGUUAGCACAACGAAAAGGACAAAAUCCUAAGCUACUAGCCAUAAUGACCGGUUUGCACGAAAAUAAGGACUUCCAUUUGAUCUACAUGCCUGAUAUCGAGCUAUCCGCUUGCUUUAAACCGGGCAUGGUCAAUGAACAUAAAGGCAAGAAACUAAUCACUAUUGACAGUGAUAGUCGAGGAAUGGCUAUUCAGCCAUGGACCGACGUUGAUUUCCAUAUCCUAGAUGAUGGAGUUAUUGAUAAGGUAAUUAUCGUUGUCGAAGCGGGCACAUCAAACGUGGUUGACUGCGGUAAAUUACAAAUCCAUGGAAAUGUAUCCGAUUGGCAACGUGCCAUGAAUGGUCUCGACACGAUUCGGGUAACAGUUACACAGAUGAUUGUUGUGUUAGUUGCAUUGUUGAUGAUCUAUGUUUAG